ACCACUUCCAGGUGGCGCUGUUGGGGUCGCGUGGAAGCGUCGUCUGCAAAAUUCCACGAAAAUGAAGUUUAGGACGUAUAAUAGAUAACGCUGAAACACUUAUGUUAGGUGACCAUGGACAAACAAGUACAUAUUGGUCACAUUGUGAGUAGUGAUACUCUUGGAUUGUCACUGCAUGACACAGCAAAGUCGGGCAAGAAAAAACGGCUGAAAAACAUUUUGAAGAAAGGUAUAUAUGUUGACUAUCCAAAUGAUGAGGGACAGUCAGCUCUGUUUUGUGCCUGUUGUGAGGACAAGUAUGCUUCAGCACAACUGCUGCUUAAAUUUGGCGCAAAUCCGAAUGAGAGAAGCAACUGUGGGAUGACCCCUUUACACAUGGCCUGCUACAGUGGCAACACAGGUCUCUUAGUGAAACUGAUUGAGGCUGGAGGGGAUCUCAGACUGCAUGACUAUGAUGGCAGAUCUGCCAAAGACUGGGCUGUGGCUAAUAGGGACCCCAAAAAGCGUGGGAAAAUGGUAGAGUUUCUGGAAAAGGCACACAUGUAUGCGAUGACCCAUUCAGGAAGAGAUGCUACAUCUACCAGAAACAUUGAGAGCAGCUCUCACGGGAUACCAUCUGUCAUUCAGAUCUUGAAGAAGAGAAUAGGAAUUGAUCCAAGUGUUCACAUUGACCCAUUGAAGAGGGUGCAAAGUAUGGGGUUUGGAAGUGUGUAUUUUGGAGGGGAAGCACAAGGAGCUGUUGUCUCUGCAAUACCAGUUGUCAGUGAGAAUGCCCUUUAUCAUGACACACAUGGGGUUACGUACGAAAAUGGAUCCUUUCUUGUCAUGGAAAGUAUGACAUGGAACCAUACACCAGUGACUGUGAAACGGCUCCAUAAACAAGCUCACCCUGGUGGUUAUGUUGAUGUUCUCAUCAAUGAAAUGGAACAAUUAGGGAAAAUUCGACACCCUAAUGUUUUGCUGUUAAUGGGAAUAUGUCAGACAACAAGCCUCGAUUCAAUUGUCCUUGUUUUCGAGAGGAUAUAUCUUGGAUCUCUCUUCUAUUAUAUGCAUCAAAGGUUUGAGAGAUUGCCCACUCAAAACAUCCGAGAUAUCCUGCUACAGAUCUGUAGUGCACUGAUGUUUCUCCACAACCAGAAUUACAUUCAUUGUAAUCUGUCUUCACAUGCCAUCAACCUUGUCACACCAUUCAAUGCAAAGCUUGGAAACUUUGAGCACAUGAUCGACAGUGGUAAAGCUGACAUGGGAAAACAGAGUGCAGUGUCCCAGAUCAGGUACCAGAAUGCCUUGUACAACUGGAUGGCCCCUGAGCUGAUGCAAGAUCACCCAGCCACAUUCCUCUGUGAUGUCUACAGCUACUGUUCUAUUAUCUGGGAGAUGUUUGAAUGUGAGAUUCCAUGGGAUAUGAGUGAUGCAGAGUUGAUCAAACACAAGCUAUUGGUGGAGAAACAGCAACUCCGUAUUGAAUCAGCGAAGAUACCUAAACUCUUCAAAAGCAUCGUAUCUGUAGGAUUAGAGUUAGAGCCCUAUAACAGAAAUGCAGACUUCGACAAGAUGCACCAGUGGCUUCUUUUACCUCCUGAUGAGCCUAUUGCAAACACAGUAACUACAAGCAAGGCAUCUCCAAGUAAAUACUCGACAGGAAGAAGAUCAAAGCCAACCUCUGCCACAUCCUCACCUUCUAGACAUGGAAAGGACUCAACCAGAAACCAUUCACCGUCUGAUGAUCAUGUGUACAUGGAAGAGUACAGUCCAAAUGGAAAGAGGAAAAAACCUCACACUAGCAGACAAGACUACCACAAUGAAAACUACCAUAAUCUUCAUUCUCCAAGAGGCAAAGCUGGGAAAGGAACCCGAGUGAAGAUUGUUGAAAAUGAUAUUUCACAAUGUGAUAGCAGAAAAUAUGACAAGACAAGCCAUGGAAAGAUACCAUUUUCUGCUGGACAAAGUGACUGGAUGUGUAACUAUGAGCGCAACCAAGAUGCAGAUUUCUAUAGUUACAAGGCCAAGUUGCAAAAAGACACACGGCAGUCCGCAAAGUAUGAUGAGGAAACUACUUCUCCCAAAGAAUAUGUUUUGGGCAGGUCUUCAGAAACUUGCAGCGGGGAUGAUGACAACACAACUACACUGAAACAGUAUCUGCGAAAGAAAGCAGCUGCAAAGUACUAUGCAGAUAGAGAUGAGAAAGAGGCCUUGAAGGAACAAAAUGACUCGAGUUUCAGGGAUAAUGAGGGCAGCCCAAUCCUGUCUCCUCCACUGUCACCAUCUCAAUUCAGCUAUCUGAGACUGAGCGAGGAAUCAACUGGUGGCCAAUCAGUGGUGAAACCUGCCAGCCACUGUACAGAAGCUGGAUGUCCAAAAUCAUCUGGCCAACUCACAACAGCUGGAAGUCUGUUUGCACUGUACAACUCUGGAACAGACCAUCAUGAGUUCGCCAAAUUAGCCAUUGGUGCUCCUGCAAAUCCAUAUGGCACUUUCCCUAGGAAGAGGAAGUCAACACAGUACUUUGAAGAUGAUGAACCAAGAGAAAUACAUGUGUUAUCAGAACAAGAGGCUGAUCCCAAUUGGUUUGGAGGAAAGGGCAGUGUCAAAAACCUGGUUCACCUGUUUCAGGAACAGAAUGAUGAUCAUGAAUUUCAGCAAAAGGUCCUUGAGGGUAAAGUAGACUAUGGUAGCACUGUCAGGGACAGUAUGAGAAAGGCAAAAACACCUGACAGGCUCUACUCAAGAGUUCAUUCUAGAAAAUCACCUGUUGUCAAAGGUUUGGAGUACCAGCAGUUUGUGGAGAUGUCCCACCCUGCAGCUGCGUACAGCACACGGCCAGAGUAUAAAGACUAUACAGAUUACAUUGAUAGCUACACAAACAGGACAACUGGUGAAAAACACACUGGACACCUAGAUGCAGACAGUCAGUGCAGUUACUCUUCUGAGUCCACUUCCAGUGUUGUUGCAGGUUGUAACCCAGAUCAAUGUAGCAGUGUUGAUUCUGAUCUCGUUUCUUCAUGGAUCGCAGACCAGCUUCAGAAGGCAAAAGCUGACGUGGCAAGAGAAAUAGCCUCAGAAUAUGAAAGACAACGUGAAGUAGGAUUGCUUGAUGAGAUUAUGGAGGAAAUGUCCAAAUCUCAGCCCACCAGACCAGACAAGAAACAAGUGUAUGGUUACAGAGAUUUAUAUGAGCAACAGAAGAAAAAACAAGAAUUUGACUUAAAGGAGUUUUACAUUGAUGAUGACAUCAACAAUGACCCUGAUGAAAGAAGUCACAUCAGACUCCAGGGGGGUUCCGAGGAAAGAGGCACAGACUACAAGGACUGGAAAUACCAGGCUAAAUCAAAGUCUGACAAUAACUCUGGGAGAGCCAUAAAUGCAAAAAAGAAAAAUGAAAGGAAACACACGCGAGAGAGUGGCAUUCCAAAACCCAAAGUUGGAACCAGGCUGAUGUCAACAAAGCAAACAGGUAAACCAACUUCUAAAGGUUUUACCACCACAGUUACUGUGGAAUCCAGUCUCAUUAAUCCGGGAGAGCAUCAAGUCCGUCACACGGCUACAGACCUAGCAACUGGGGAGACCACAAUGCUUCAUGAAGAAAGAGUACAGGCUGCAAAUGUACACUCCAAGCUGCAGGCUUAAUCUCUAACUCAGUCCUAACUAUUAACUGCAAAUAAUCAAAUUAAAAGAGCAUAAUUUUAUCUUAGAAAUAUUUCAAAACAAUGUUAGUUAGUUAUUGUGUUAUCUCUCAUCAACUGUACAUUUUGCGAAACAAUUUGAAAUCAUUAUAUAGACCUGACUGUUUAUGCUCUACCUGAUCCUUGUUUUACUGUUAUAUUGAAAUUCUGGAGACUACAAAGGAUUGUUUAUUGUUGAAUUCAAGCAUAUAUUUACAAAUCCUUAUUAAUAGUGUUUCUUUUUCUCUGCUAUAUUGCAUGAAAUGCUUAAAAAUAAAAUGAAAUAUUUUAUGGUAAUUACAAAUGAAAUGAAUAAUAUAUUUUUGUAUUAUCAUGGCUGAUUUUCAUUGUUAUAUGACUGUUCACAUACAUUUGACAAGCAAAUUAAAAUCUUAUUAAGGUUA